AUGAGUCCCUACCACCAGUUUAUGGCCUCCCCAAUGCCUUACCCACUCUUGCUCCCAUGCCUGACCCCUAAGGACAGCCCACCCCUAAAAUAGCUCCUCUUGCAGCUGCUCUGGGCCAGGGUGGAAGUGGACAUCAUGGACAGCUGACGUCCAGGAUCCACACAUCCAGGCCGUCGACUCAGGCUCCUGCAGCAGCCUGCCAGUGAUUUGGAGGGUGCUAAGUAGUGGCUACAGCAAUUCUAGGAUCUUCAGAGACGGCCUCUUAGCCUUCAGCAUCUGCUUCUUAUAGGCCUGGUGUGUGUCUAUCAGCUCCAUGAGACCAGUGAGGCUGAGGAGAGGGGUUGAUGGUCCCAGGUCUUUGCCCUCCUGACACAGGAAACACUUUGGACCUGUGCAAGAGUUUCUGUCCCGGGGAGGUAG